CAAUAAAAAUAUCACUUGUAUCAGUCGUGUGGUGUAACCUGGCUUAAUUACAAAUUUAGCGAGCGCAUUUAGUUUCGUCAUUCCGUACAUAUUUACAUUUCUUAAUCAAGAAAUAUCUUACUUUCUUCUUUCUCUUUUUAUUUUUUUACUUUCGGAUUUUUUGCAUAUUUUAGCUGCUUACCUUUUUUCAUAUUUUGUCAACGACUUCUGCAGUUGCAUCCCUUGGACGUCACGUGAUAGGUGAAGGCAUAGUCAUUUCCGUUCAGUUAUCAUAAAUUCUUGUUUGCCUGCCUUUUUGGAGGGUUGCCUAACGAGCUUGGUUCGUGUCGUUUAUAUUUUUUUAAUAUGGAGCCUACUUGCAAAGCAAAGUGGUGGUGUAUUGUACAUCAGUGUAGCUCUGAUUCGCGCAAGAAUGUUAGUCUCUAUCCAUUCAUGCGUGGUGUUCGCUUUUUCCCCUUUCCUACUGCCAAGAAAGAUCCGUACAUGCGUCAACUUUGGACGCAGCUAGUAAGACGUGGUGACAACUGGGAUGGUCCAAAAAAACAUCAUCGCGUUUGCUCUAGACACUUUAAAGAUGGAGAACCUAGCCCUCAAAAUCCUGCUCCGACUAUUUUCCCAUGGACACCUGCUCAAACUAUCUUCCCUAAAAUUGAUUUUAGAGCUCGGGACAGUAAAAAGCUCUACGGUGGUAAGGCCUCUUUGGAGUUUCCUUUUCCUCAAGACGCUUGUCUUUGAAUUUGAAUUCAAGGAAAAUGGACAAUACAGAGAGUUUCCUAUUUAAUAACAACACGACGUAUAGCACUGGAGUCCUGGCACAGAAAAGUAGUGUUCAUUUCAUCCCCAAAAGUGUUAGGUAUACGAAAUCGUCGCUUAGUUCUUUGA